GAAACCCAGCAGCAUCAGCUGUUACGGCAGACGAGGCAACGUGAGAGGUGGCCGGUCUUGUUUUUUCCUCCUGUCCACCAUUUCACCUGAUCCCCGCCGCCGCAGCACUGAUGGCUGAAGUAUGAAGAGAGACUGAACUUGCUGGUGCUGUGAAGAGAUGUGCCAGACUCAGGGAAGGUGAGCUAGUGGUGGUGAGGGAAUAAGGUUAACAUGGGGUGUUGACACCACAUAGAGGCUACAUACCAGGGUGCCCAGGCCUUGCUGCCCUUCGAGUGAGAUGCUGCCGCGAAGGGUCGCCGCCCGCCUCCUGCCUCACCUGGCCAAGGCUGUGGACAGACGGACAGUCACUCCAGGAGGCCAGUGGAGUAAGUGUAACACUGAUGCAUUUAGGUGUUCCAGCAGUCUGGUCAGCGUCCUACCAAGAGUCACCACCUCAUCAGAUUUGUGGCUCCAGCACAGGACACUCCUACAGUCCCACCACCAACACUACCAUCGUCCCUUCACUAUAGCCAGGAUGUACAGUAAUGCCCUUUUCCAAGCAACACGGCACCCCAGCACUGCCUCAGUUUCAUUGAUGAUGUGUCCAAAGCCUCCCCAUGAGAAGGAUUGCCAUAUACGUCUGUAUUCCAGCAAGCCUCCUACUGUGCCUUCCUCUUCUCUGGAUGAAGAUCAAAAUGAGACUAAGAUUUCAUCUCCUAAGGAAGAAAAGGAAACACCAAAACUGAGAAAAGGUGAGGCCUUGGAGGACAGCAAGGCUGAGAAGAAGUUGUCCAUAGUACAGAAGUUCAAGCUGAUGUACAAGCAGUACUGGUAUGUACUCAUCCCAGUGCACAUAGCGACCUCCAUUGUGUGGUAUGGCGCCUUCUUCAUCGCUGCAAAGAGUGGUGUUGACAUAAUCCCACUGAUGGAGAAACUUGGAGCCGGAGAAAAAAUACUCUCUCACUUGCAGAGUAGCAAUGCUGGCUACUAUGCAAUUGCUUAUGCCAUGUACAAAAUUGCAACCCCAGCAAGAUAUACAGUUACUGUGGGAGGAACAACAUUAUCUAUAAACUACUUGAAGAAACGUGGCUAUAUUAAGCCUGUGCCAUCCUCAGAGAGGCUCAAGGAAAUGUAUGAAGGUAAAAAGGAGGAAUUAAUUGAAAAGAAAGAGGAAUUUGUGGAAAGGUAUCAGGAGAGGAGAGAAGAAAUAGUAGACAAGUACCAGGAGAGGAAGGAGGAAAUUCUAGAUAGGUAUCAGGAGAAAAGAGAAGAAAUAAGGGAGAGGUAUCAGGAGACUAAAGAGGAAAUGGUACAAAGAUUGUCUGAAAAAAGGAAUGAACUUAAGGAAAGAGUUGUAGAGAAAAAAGAGGAGCUUAAAGAUAGAUUAGAGGAAAGGAAAGAUCAAUUGUCCAAAAUUAGGAGAAAAUAGGAAGAAGAGGUGAGGCAUCCUGUACUCUAAUAUUGUGAUUGUUACUAGAAAGGUGUGGAUAAAAAUUAAUGUGAAUAUGAUGGUGCAUUGUGCAUUUGGUAGGUUGGAAUAGUGUUAUGGGUAUAUCUGACACAUCGCUAGUCACUGGGACAUAGUUAGCAAGUGUAUGUCCCUCUCUGUAGAACUAAAACAAAGCAUGAUUGACAUGCUUAUGCUUCUCUCUUCAGCUUUGAUGGAGCAUGACGGCCACCUUAGCUAGCGAUGUAAAUUUACUUGACACAGUCUCUGACACUGACUAAUGUAUGGGUGUCCCAUCAGAAGGAAGCCUUUGUUUUGACAUUUCAAAGUAGUCUUAUGACAUUUUUUAUUCUUUAAUUUUAAAAUUCUGUAUCAGUAACAAGUUUAUCAUUGUUGAUGAUUAAGUUGGAACUCAUUACAUUUUAUCACAUAUAUUUCAGUGCUGGAAGCUAAAAUAAAAUUCACUAUAAGCAUGAAGCUUCAGACUGUCACAGCAUGGCUUGUCUUACAGAACUUCUCAGAUUGGAUUUAGAUGAAAGGGAGACCAGCAAAAGCUUGAAAAAAAAGCUUUCUGUGUAAUAUAUCAUUGAUGUUUCCUUAUAGAUGAUAAAACAUGUACUUGGAAAGAAAAAAUAUAAGAAUUUCUAAGGCAGAACCAAAUAAGACAGCUCAUCAUACAAGUGUAUGUUUAUGAAUGCUUAUUAUGUGACCUUAGGACCCAAGCAAGACAAGUAUCUUGGUAUUUGUCUAUGCACUGCUUUACGUACCCUACUCAGCCCCAAAUUAUGAAUGCACACACACACACACACACACACACACACACACACACACACACACACACACACAAAAAAAAAAAAAAAAAAAAAGCUGGGGUGCUAUGAGUGAAGAAAUCAGAAUAGUGGAAGAAUGUGGUGUGGAUGAAAGAAGGGGAGUUUUCUCUCAUUAUUUGUUGUUUGUGUGAAUUGUAAGGGAGGGAAAUUGACAGUGAAGUAGAGUGGAAGAGUUUCACAGGUCACACUAUUAGAUUUUUUAAUGUUAAGAUAAAAUUCUUGUUAUUUGUUUUCUUGAUUAGAAAUUUAUAAGAAAUUCAGAAAGAAAUUUCAAAGAACUAACUGAGAAAUACCAUCAACAUCAGUACAGUUAGGGUACCAGAUACAUGAACUCACAACAUUCAAUAUGUGUUAUCAAUAGAAGGAAAGCUGGUCUAGAGGAUGGAUGAGUAAGAAUUUAGGAGUUAGACUUGGAAGCUAACACGCACUAGAUGAAAUUCAAGCUACUGAUCCAUAUCAUAACUUGGAAUCUGUACUGCAUUUAGCUGGCUUCAUCGUUGAUCCACACACAAAACCAUUGUAGUUCGGCUCACUGAAGGAGGCUACAUAGUCAAACAGCUUGCAUGGAUUGCAAAUACAUGUCAUAGAUGAUUGUAAGCAUCUCAUUGAGUGGCUUUAUAUUUAUUUCCAUUGAAGUUAAUUGAAAAGGUAUCUUUGGUUGUAGAUGAUACAUCCAAUGGCAGUGUUUAUAGCAUGGUGCCAGUCUGUCUACAUGCUGUUGCCCACUAGUAUAGUUUAUGUGCAAAACAGUAUGAGUGUUGUGAAAAGCCAGCCUUGACUUUCAUUUGUUGCUCUAUUUAAGUACACUUUUACUGCAUUUUGACAGUAUUUAUGAAGCAAAAUAUUUUAUGAUAUUGGAAUCACUCUUAAUAGUACUUAGCUGGCUUUGAGGUAGUAUAAUCUGAGGGGCAGAAUUGAAUUGCUAACCCCAAAAGCCAAUUGUCUACUGUAUACUAUUAUUUUGCAAAAUAUUUUCUUUUGGAAAGAAGUUUUGAGUGAAAUGAUUGUCAAUACCAUAAUGAAUAUAGUCAGUAAAGUUACCUUCCUUAAUUAUUUUGCAAUGGAGAUCCCAAGGCUCAGGGAUACUGAUUGCUGGUGCCCAGCAAGUCAGCACUGUGUGAUUUUCACCCACAAAAGUCAGUUCCUCAUAAAAUUUUGUUAAUUAGGAUCCAUAGCUUGCUAUUCAAAAUUGUUUGUAUUACUUGAUGAUAUUGGUUGGAUUAUUUGUAGCUUGUUUGCCUCUCAUCUGGGAUCCUACUGUACAGGAAGAGAAGUUCAGUAAGGAUGCUCUAGGGGCUGAGUGGUCACCAGGACUGACCAUUCAAUAACAUUCCAAACACAGAAGCUUUUGAAAUGUACAGCAACAUAUGCAGCAACCAGCCUGUUGUGAUGAAUAUUUUAAAAAGUAAGCUAGUUUUCCCUUAUGGAAAUGCAUGUAAAUUAGAAAUUUGUUUUUUAGAUUAUAUUUGUAAACAAUCAUGAUGUUUACAUGCAACUCCAAACAUAAAUGUCUGUUUCCCACACCACCAAAACAACAGCAAAAAAAGUGCCAUUACUGCUGUCAUAUGAGCCUAAGAAAAUAGGCUGGUUAUAUAUUUAUGGCAGUCAGCCAGCUGUCUGGGUAUGUAAAUAGUGAGUAAAGCCAGUGGCAGUUUUAAUUUUGUAUAUCCCUGUUUGUUAUAACUAGUGAAAGUGAGUGAUUAAAGCAGACUACUGACAAGAUACCUUUGUAUUGUUGCAUUACUGUGGUGGAGACCAAAUUGUUGUAGAAUCUAUGGCUUCAUUUACAUCAUCCAGAAAAAUUUGACUUUACCAAAGAGUAUGAACUUGAGGUAGUAUAUCCAUACAUUGUGUUUGGUCAUGGGCUGGGUGAUGAAAUGUUGCAAUCAUAAAUAUCAACACAAAUUAUUGAAAGGUGUUCAUCUACUCAUUUUCAAUGAUUUGGCAUUACACCAGAAUCAGGGGAUGAGUUAAAGUUGAUCAUAUUGAUCAUGCAACUCUUAGGUUUGUAUCUCCUGGUCAGCAGGGCUAAGUUAAUGUGUGUAAGAAAGCAAACCUAUUGUAAUUUUUUUUUUCUCAUCCCACAGUUUAUUGUUUACUUUUAGAACCAACCAGUAAAAAUUUAUUUGUUAUAAAUAUAGCUUUACAGCUAUAUAUCUUGGACUGAAAGUUCUUACUUUUAGCAGAGGAAUUAAUUACCUAAAUUCCCUCAUCCUUUUGUAAUGUUCUACUGAAUUAUAUAUAUAUAUAUAUAUAUAUAUAUAUAUAUAUAUAUAUAUAUAUAUAUAUAUAUAUAUAUAUAUAUAUAUAUAUAUAUAUAUAUAGAAAAAUUGCUAAUAAGUACUGCCUCACUAUUUCAAGAACAAUACUAAAGCAUCCAAGACAAGUACAUGAACAGGAAAUCUUGCUGCCAUACGAACUAACCAUUCCAAUAUUGAGGUUCUGAAUUUGCAUUUCAUCAGCAUUAUAUUGUAUGACUAUUAGAGGUGAGUGUGAGGGAUAGGAAUUCUAGUUCCCUAUCAUCAUCUUGCUUGCUGAUAAACAGAUAUAAACUAGUGUUGCUAGUUGCUGGCAUAUAGUAUAAAAUACAGGAAAUUGUGUCAAAUAAGUUGUAUUGAAAAAAAAUAUAUAUAUAUGUUUAUCAGUGAAUUGUCACUUCAAAAACUUGUGAUUUUUGCCACCUCAUUCUCUGCCCACUCCCCUUUGAGACACCUGAGGCAUGCCCUGCUGAGCUUUCUCUCCUUUUAGUGGAUAAGAUUGUGAUUUAUCAUGUUUUUCAUAAUACAAGAACUAAGAGAGUCCAUAUUGCAAAAUUUCCAAGACAGUAUAUAUGAAUAAUAAUAUGAUGCAUUUUUUACUGCUGAGAGUACCUGAUAAUGAUUGUGUGUGUGUGUGUGUGUCUGUGUGGGUGUGUGUGUGUGUGUGUGUGUUUGUGUGUGGCUAUGAUAAGUGGGUAUGAGGACAGGUUUCUAUAUCUGUUUCAAGAAGAAAAAUUCAUUAUACCAAGAUCUUUCUAGUGUCAUUGAUGCCAGGAGAAUAGGCAAAGAUGACAGGCAUCAACAAAAGUACUAUCUUUAAGAGAGAGUCAUUACUUGUAUAUCUCAAAAAUAUUUUCUUAACUUUUUAUUAAGUAUUUCCUUAGAAACCUAUAGGCAAUUUAAAUUUUUUUCUAAUAACUUGGAAUUAAUGCAUCCCAGUAAAGUAUGUCAGUCUUUCUUUAAGCUUGACUAUGCAGUAGAUUAAUUUGUCAGCACCAGACGUCCUCAGUCUCCUGUCUAUGAUCUAUCAAGUAAUGGAAUGCAAAGAUGUAGUGACUGAUUUACCUCACAGAGGCCAGGCAGAAAGGUUACCUUAGUGGAGUACUAAAACCUGACCUCAUUUCCUUCUGGGUGCAGAUGUUAGAGCUGUGCAUGUAUUGACAAAAUACUGACUCAUGGGGAGAGGAACAUAAUUAUGAGUGUUCAUUUGAUGUUUUAUAUACUGUUUAGUACUAUGUAUUUAUUUAUUAUUUAUUUAUUUAUUCCUUCAUUUAUUCAUUUUACAUUUUUAAAUGGGAUUGUAACAUGUAGUCCCUACAACCCACUUCCCUUCCCAUAGUGGUGCACCCAUUGUUGUCAAGACAAACAUUUGCUGUGUGCUCAAAACCAGAUAAGGUUGCUGAUUGCAUGAGGUAGAGAUUGCUGAAGUGCUGUUCCAUAUUCCUUAGUGGGACAAGAUGCUUGAUCAGAAAUACAUGAAAACACUUGUACUUUUAUUUGUUGAAUUAUUUGCUAGUAUUGUUUACCUUAAAAUGUUUCAUUUUGUACUGUUAUAAUUGGUCAGUAAAGUGCAGUAUAGUGGCGACAAAUAGACUAGGUUCUCCCAUUAAUAUGUUGCCACUAUUAAGUGUAAGUGUUCUGUUGACAUUCUUGUUAUCAGUAUUGGUGCAGUGACACAGCACAAAAAAGGAGGUACUUUCUUAUGUGGGCAACAUGAAAACCUCUACCAUUCAAGAAGUUCACACUUUUGUAGUCAGUGAUAUGGCUGAAUGUUGUCACACAUCAUUGGUAGUAGAAUUGUUAGAAUUUUCUCAUGUGUGAGUUGUUUACUGUUAUGAUCUGGAGAUAAUUUAAUGAAUUUGUUUUCAUUUGUUUUCAUUUGGCUGGGACACAACACGGUGCAAAAAGGAAUGAUCCCAGGAGUAGUGGAAUAAUGCAGGUGCAGGAUGGUUAGGGUGAAGUGUACUGUAGCAGCACAGCACACACUGUACAUACUGCUCUCUGUAAAUAAUAAAGUGAACAGAGAAA